GGGUUUGCUCCAUUUGGCACUGGAACAGAAAGGCCAGCUGUCCCCAAGGGCUGUGGAUGGAGACACGAGUGAGCAGAAGGCCUCCAGUGUGGUCCUGCCCCUGAUCCUGCCCUGCUUCUACCCCGAGCUCUUCAUGCUCUACAUGCUGUACCACGAGAGGGAAGAUGACCUGUACUGCCAGGGCAUCGUGGACCUCAGCCUGUUCCCUGACAUCAAGCUCCUGGAAUUCCUGGAUGUGCAGAAGCACCUCUGGCCUCUCAAGGAUCUCACCCUGACGACCAACCAGAGGCGCUCCCUGAUCAAGGACAAGUGUUUCCUGUCGGCCACCGAGUGUUUGCAGAAGCUCAUCACGACGGUGGAUCCCAGGGAGAAGCUGCUGAUCCUGCAGAAAACCUACGAGGAGCUGGAGGGCACCGUGGGCAGGGUGCUGGGCAAGGACUACAAACUGCCCAUGGAUGACCUGCUGCCCCUCCUCAUGUACGUCGUGUCCAGAGCCAAAAUCCAGCACCUGGGAGCUGAAAUCCAUCUGAUCAGAGACUUGAUGGAUCCCACCAACCAAGGAGGAAUGUUUGACUUCCUGCUGACAGCACUGGAGUCGUGCUACGAGCACAUCCAGAGGAUGAGGCUCCACCAGAGGGAGAACUGCCCCCUGACUCCCAGCUCCUGAGCCCCAGGAUCCCAAGGGAACAUCCUUCCUGCUGGAUGAGGAAUCCCUCGUGUCCCUGCUGCUCUGGCUGCCUUUCAAAGGGAAGAAUUCUUGGAUCAGCUGCGGGUUUCCUUGGAAUAACCCUGCUCCUAAAGCACACACAGGGAUGCUGAUGGAUAAAACUCUUUGCUGUCCAACCUCAGCUGGUGGUUGGGAAUCUCUUCCCGAGUGGAAAAGGUUUCUUUUGGCCCUGUGGUUUUGUUUUCCUUGUCCUGCAAAUCCCAGGGAGCUCCUUUUUCCCUACUCUGGUGAA